AUGAGUGUGACAGAACAACGUUACUCUCAAAUAGAUAAAGAGGCUUUGGCCAUAGUAUGGGCCGUUCAAAAAUUCUUUAAAUAUUUAUAUGCACGGCAUUGGACAUUAAUAACCGAUCACAAGCCACUUACUCAGAUUUUGCACCCUAGUAAAUCGCUUCCAGUUCUUUGUAUUUCUCGUAUGGCAAACUAUGCCGAUUUUUUAAGUAACUUUGACUUCGAGAUAAUAUAUAAACCAUCCAAAGAGAAUAUUAAUGCAGAUUACAUGACACGUAUUGUUUCAGAUAAUUCAGUAAAGUCACAAUGCAACGAAAAUUAUGUAAUUACUGAAUACGACGAGUUUGAUACUUUUAUUUUCCGACAAAUUAACCAGUUACCCGUUACAGCUGAAAAAAUUGCCAAUGAAACCCGUAAAGAUUCAGUACUUGGAAAAAUAGUUUCAAUAUUAGAGAAAGGACAUUCGUUGGCAAAAUAUGGUUAUACUGCACCAGAAUCGAAUUAUAGACUCUCAGGUAAUUGCUUAAUAUUCGAACACAGAGUUGUAAUUCCACAAAAGUUUCGAAAAGACAUUCUUCAAAAUCUACACGCAGCUCAUUUAGGGAUGGUAAAAAUGAAAGGUAUUGCUCGUUCCUUUGUGUAUUGGCCAAAAAUCGAUGCAGAUAUUGAAGCAGUGGCAAAAGACUGCAACGAUUGUGCAAGAGUAGCAAAUAAACCUAAGAAGUAUACAGAUCAUCACUGGGAAUAUCCCAAAGGUCCUUGGGAACGAGUGCAUAUAGAUUAUGCUGGCCCUUUCGAGGGUAUGAUGUUACUAAUUAUUACAGAUGCUUAUAGCAAAUGGCUGGAUGUGAAAAUAACUAAAUCUAUAACAGCUGAGGCAACAAUUGCAUUAGUCGAUGAAGUUUUUGCAAAUUACGGUGUUCCAGCGAUGGUAGUAUCCGAUAAUGGUACAAAUUUCUCAUCAGAAGAGUUUAACAAAUACUUGACGGCUGUGGGAGUCAGAUAUCAUAAAUACACUGCACCUUAUCAUCCCUCUACUAACGGCCAAGCUGAACGUAGCGUUCAAACAGUAAAAAACGCAUUAAAAGCUAUGUGUACAUCAAAACAAACAUUACAACAAAAUCUCAACGAGUUUUUAAGGCAGUAUAAGAAUGCACCUCAUUCAACAACUGGAGUAUCUCCAGCACAACUUUUUCUAGGCCGUCAAAUUCGCACCCGCUUGAUUUAG